AUGAUUUCAAGUCAGAGAGAUGAGAUAAAAACUGAAAAUGCUAGUCUGGAGAGUCAUUCCCAGAUAUCGGAGGAAAUUAAAAGUCAGGAUUCAGUCCAGAAAAGUGGAGCUUUUCUUCAGUACAGUGGGGCUCAGGGCCACAUACUCCCUACACCACCCCACUUCCACUUUGGCCAAACCAACUGCCCCCAUGAAUUUCUAGGCAAAUUUCCUGUUGGAAAGUUUCCAGCAUUUGAGGGUAACAAUGGAUGUUGUGUGUUUGAGAGCAAUGCCAUUGCCUCCUAUGAGAGCAAUGAGGAGCUGCACGGAAGUACUCCAGAGGCGGCAGCCCAGGUGGAGCAGUGGGUGAGCUUUGCUGAUAGUGACACAGUGCCCCCAGCCAGUAUGUGGGUGUUCCCCACCUUGGACAUCAUGCACCACAACACACAGGCCACUGAGAAUGCAGAGGAGGAGGUGAGGCGAAUCCUGGGGUGGCUGGAUGCUCACUUUGCCUGGGAGGAGGCCUUCCAGCAUGUGGGCAAACCCUUCAAUCUGGGCAAGAUCUUCAAGUGA